GUAGUUGGCAGGGGGGUUAGUUAAGAUUUGAGAUUCUCUCGUUAAUCAAACUCUCUUUAUGGUGUAGUUGUUUGGUGAACUGAAUAAAAGUUAUUUACAGGUUUUGUUUGUUCCACUUACAAGAGUUUGAUAAACAUUAUGAGGAUCAGAUAAUGGACUGUGUUUGAAUGUGUUAGUUUUCUGGUUUAUGAACUCCAAUUUACAUGCUGUUAUAUCACAGGAUAAUUCUCUGCAAGCUGUGUGGUCUUGUUCGCGCGGAGAACGAAGACUGAUUAGUGUCGAUGUUCUUGGGGAUCGGAUUUCAAUCUUCGAUUCUGGUCCUGGAAUGGACAGUAGCGAAGCAAAUUCUAUUGAUAAAUGGGGGAAAAUAGGGGCUUCAUUACAUAGGUCUCGCAAAUCCAAGGCUGUUGGAGGUGAACCACCAUAUCUUAUGCCAUUCUUUGGGAUGUUUGGAUAUGGAGGUCCUUAUGCAUGUAUGCAUUUGGGAAGGCGUACUUUGGUUUCUUCAAAGACGAAACAGUCUAAGAAAGUAUUCACCUUGCAACUCAAUCGAGAAGCUUUGAUUGACAAUCGUUCUGUCUUAGGAAAAAACUGGAAGGCUGAUGGUGGAAUGAGGGAUCCUCAGGAGGAGGAAAUGAAAUUAUCACCUCAUGGAAGCUUCACAAAGAUUGAGAUAUUUAAAUCGGAACGUAAGAUCCCAGAAAUAUAUCAACUUCAAUGCAGACUUAAGGAUAUAUAUUUUCCUUACAUCCAGUGUGAUGAAAUCUCUAAAACUGGGAGGACUGAAAGGCCUGUAGAGUUUCAGGUCAAUGGAGAUGAUUUAGCUGAGAUAGCAGGUGGAAAGGUUGCCACCACCAACCUGAACUCCAAGGGUCGAGAAUUUUGGUUUCAGAUUCGAUUCGAACACAGUGAAAUAACCCAAGGGUCAUUGACAUCACAGGAGGCAAACGCUCGCCUUAAGUUUGUUUAUCUUCCAAUCAUACGAGAAAAAAGGAGCAUAUAUAAAGAGAGCAUUAAUAUUAUUUUGGAAAGCUUAGGAAAGGAAGGAUACAAAGUUUCUGAAAGCUUCAAAACUUUUAGUCGUCUUUCUGUAAGAAGACUUGGUCGUCUACUCCCAGAAGUCUCUUGGGCAUCAAUUCCGUUUAUGGAAAAGGGAGACAGAGCCACUACUAUGCAGAAAAUUUGUCAAAGAGUGAUAUGCUUUGUUGAUUUGGAUGCUGGUUUCAGCCCAACGCCCUCAAAAACCGAUCUUGCAAGUCAAAGCCCCUUCACUUUGGCUCUGAAAAACUUUGGCACUAAAUCAAAGGAGAAAGAUAACGUUGUCAAUAUUGAGCUUCAUAGAGGAAAUAAACCUUUAGUACUUGAGCAAGUGGGGAAGGAUUAUGAGAGUUGGGUUCUUGAGAUGCAUAAGACUUAUGAUGAAGAAGAGGCAUCAGGCGAAGACGACGCAGUCGUUAUUUUCGAUUCCUUGGAUAACAAAGUUCUUUGCAUUUCGCCUGAUUGUAAAGCUGUGAGGGUGCACACUGCUAUGAAGAGAAAAGGGAUGACAUGGAAGCGUGGACAGAAGAUCAGGAUUCUGAAAGGCGCAUGUGGAGGGGUUCAUAAAAGUGAUGUGUAUGCGACAAUUGAUUAUUUUCUCAUUGAAGGUUUCGACGAUGAAGCAGGUGGUGAUGCCCGGAUUAUAUGCAGGCAAAUCAAUUACUCUGAAGAAGAGGGAUGUAUACUUUCAAUGACUAAAGGAGUUUCAAGAUUGGAACUACAAAGUUCUUCAUCUUUUCCAAUCAGUAUUAUUGACUCUGGAAUGUGCCUAACUCUAGAUGAAACUCAAUGGAAUAGAAAAAUUGAGAAGCAACGGGAAAAGGAUCCAUCGAGAAUUGAUAUGCUAGAUGAGAAUGAUUGCAGAGCAUUGAACAUUAAUGGGGAAUCAUCACUUGGCGAUUCAGUGCAUGCUGGAGAAACUCCCCCGCAACAGAUUGUUGCAGUUGUUCGACCGGCUAGCUUCGCACCUUUCAAAGUGUUGAAAAAGUUGGAUCAGAAACAUAUUGUGAAAAUGGAUGGAGAAAUGCUUAUGGAAGUAGUGUUUCAAGACACGAAUAUAAAAUCAAAGGAUAAUAAUACCAAAACUUUGUAUUCACAUCGUUGUUUUCCUACAUCCUGUAGCGGUCUUCAUGGUCUCUACAUCUUUCCACUUGAGUCAAACCGCGCCAACUUGUUCAACAAAGUUGGCAUUUACAACUUUUGUUUCUCGAUUGGAAAAUCGAUUACUGCUAAGAAAAAGGUGGUCGUUGAACCGUCGUCAAAGGUGGGAAGUUGGAAACUUGCUUCUAAUCAUGAGUCUGCGCAGCAGUAUGGUGUUCAGGUGGGUUCUUCACUUCCUCCUUGCUCUAUCGCUUGCUUUGAUGAAUAUGGAAAUCAGAUACCAUUCACUUCUGUUCCAAGUCUGGAAGUUGAACUGAAAGCCAGCCCUGGAAUCCAAAGAAAGAUCGAUAUGAUUGAGGCCAACCUGAUAGAUGAUGGAAUUCUCGAAGUCGAGAAUAUACUCAUUGAGACUGAUUGGUUAGAUCAGAUCAGACCAGGUUACGAGGCAACCUUAGAGAUAUGCUCGAGGGACGAACCAUUUUUUGUCUCAGUUGCUUGUAAAGUUAGUCCUGGGCCUCUGAAGCAUGUUGUUGAGAUGUAUCCAGAGGCUUUGAAAAAUUUGCUGCCAGGUUAUACUGUUGAAAAUUAUAUCUUGGAGGUGUUCGAUGGAUAUAAUAACCAUGUUGCAGAAGGUACUAAUGUUCUGAUUUGUACUGAGGGGUAUUGUAUCAAAGACUCGAUGGGCUUAAACAGAAAGGUUGAUAGUUGUGGCUGCGUUGAUCUGUCUGGAAUUCUCCAAGUCACGGCUGGCUAUGGGAAAUCUUUAUCACUCUCGGUUAUGUCUGGCAUUGAAGAGAUCUUCAAGAAAGAGUCAAUGAUUGAGAAACGAGAGCUCAGGCUCCUAACAAAGCUUCCCGACUGCUGUGCUGCUGGUACAAAUCUUAUAAACCUCAAGUUCAAAGUGACAGAUUCAGAUGGUCUUAUGGAUACUAGUAUCCAUGAUGACGAAAAAUCUGGAUAUUUCCACACCAUGAGCAUUGAUUUUGAUUCAAGUGGCGUUGAGAGUUCAAUCAGAUAUGCAUUUGUCCAUGGGUUCUGCAAAGUUCCUACUCUCUCCUUACCCGAGAGUGAGGGUGACUUUUCUAUCCGGGUUUUCCAUUCUCGAUUUCCCGAGAUUCAUAUGAUCUUAAAGAUUCAGCUAACGCCUGCUCAAACAUUUGAAAGAGAUGAGAUUGGGUGUUCAACACCUUAUCCAAUGAUGAGUUUAACACCUCAGUCAAAGAUGGCUUCAACCACAAAUUCAUUGGUUGCUCCAACUGGACAAACUCCAUGUUCAGAGUUUAGAGUUUUGAACAUUAGAGCAUCGUCAUCGGCUCUCGGUAGCCAAACUGGCCUGAUGGAUAUGCCACAGUUCACUGAGUUAUUAAAAGAAAAACUCAUUAGAUACAGUGAACACAGAGUGGAAGUAGAAGAGCGCCUAAAAUGUUUGGAAGAUGAACAAAACCAUGCUAAAGAAGAGUUGAAUACCUUGCAAGCUUCUCUGGAACCUCUUGGUGCUACGUUCCCAGAAUGCCUAUCCACCAAAGAAUCAAUGAUGAAACAGAUUGAAGAGAAGCAUCAGGACACUGCAGCAUCGGUUUUCUGUUGUUUGUACAGAGAGGCUCCGCCUCCACAAUCUCUGUUUCUGUCAAAAAAAGGAGUGUUUGGCCUUGUAGCGCUUCUUGGCUCAGUUCCCUCCACCUCCCUUAGCAGGGUGCUGUCUGAAUAUUUGGGAGAAGACAUAAUGCUCGCUUUGGUUUGUAAAUCGGCACAAUGUGUCCCGAGUAGUGCCGCGUAUCUCAGGCUUCAGUCUGAAGCAGAUAAACUUGGAAGAUCUAUAACCAAUCAUCGGUUUCAUGUUCUAUGUCUUGAUGCAAUUAGACCUUGGAAGGAUGGACUUUUGGAGAACGAUCCUCAGAAGAAAUUAGCCAUGGAAGAUCCGAAGCUGUCCGAUGGAGAUCCCAUACCGGGUUUCAAAGGCUAUGCCGUGAACAUGAUUGAUUUGGCUAUAGAGGAGCUCAGUAUACAAACAUACUCAGGAUACGGGCUUAGAGAGACUUUGUUUUAUAGUCUGUUUGAGAAUUUACAGGUAUAUGAGACCCAAAAGCAAGUUGAAGCAGCUCUUCCGCACAUCAAUGGUGGUGGUGCAGUGUCUUUAGAUGGUUUUAUCGCUAAAGGAAACGGAUUCAUAUAUUCUGGGUGCAGCAAACCGGAAAUCCAUUUCCCGAUCACAGUAAAGGAGAAUGAAGAAGAGAAGCUGAGAAAAUAUGAAAAAGCAAGAGACAGAGUGAGAAAUUCAGCGAAGAAGAUAGAGGAGGAGAAGUGCGCAUUGCGUAAAUUAGAGAAGAAAUUGGAGAAAACAAAUGGAAUGUAUCACAAUGCAACAAACUCUUUGGAGCUAGUCCAGACUAUGUCCCCUUGAUGACACGAGCUAUGAGCUAAACUGAAAACAUAAAACGAUUCAAACAGAGUUUUUACAUGUUGGUUUA